UUGUGGAAUACACGGAUUGUCUAAGUGUGGUGAGCGCUAUUACUUGUAAUGAAAGUGUUCAAUCUGUUUAUGUGCUUGGUGACUUUAAUGCGCAUCCAAAUGAACCAUUUUAUAAUGAGUUGCAAUCUUUUUGUUCUGAGUCUGACUGGAUUUGUGCUGACAUGGACUUCUUGGGUUUAAUGUCGGACACAUAUACCUUCAUUAGUGACGCCAACGGUUCGAGACGUUGGCUAGAUCAUUGCGUGGUGACGAAGUCUGCCAUGCAGACUAUUGUAAAUGUGUAUGUUAAGCUUGAUGUUACAUGGUCGGAUCAUUUUCCGUUGGUUGUACAAUGUAAAUUGGAUUGUAUUAAACCAGCACAUUAUAAUGUAAAUAAAUUUUGUAGUAAAGUACGAUGGAAUGAAAGGCAGCCUGAGCAAAUUAAAUUGUAUAAAAAACUAUGUCAUGAAAAUCUGAGGCAUAUAGACUUCCCUAAUGAAUUAAGUACUUGUGCCGAUUAUAUGUGUAAUGAUUUAACUCACAGAUUUGCUAUUGACCGUUUGUAUAACAACAUUGUUGAUGCUUUAUCUCGUGCGGCCUCUGAUAGCUGUACUCCCAAGUGUACUCGUAAGAAAAAGCCAGUAAUAGGGUGGAAUAAACAUGUUAGUGUGGCGCAUAGGAAUGCAAGGUCAAAAUUUGAGCUCUGGGUACUCACUGGUAAACCAGGGGAGGGUCCUGUUUGGAAUGAGAUGAGAGAAAGUCGUAGGCUGUUUAAGUCUCGAUUGAAAUGGUGCCAGAACAACAGGGACCAAAUUAGAAUGGACAUACUUGCAUCACACCAUGCCAAGAAUGAUUUUAAAAAUUUUUGGAAGUCAACUAAUAAGUUAAAUAAUAAGCCUGGCAUUCCUGUAAGCGUUAAUGAUGUGAGUGACCGAAAAUGCAUAGCAAAUUUGUUUAGAGACCAUUUUACUGUAAAGUCUCCGCUGGGACCACAACAGUCUGGAUCUCGAUUUAUUCAGCAUGGUCGGGAGCCAAGUACACAAAUCACGGCAAAGGGUGUCAGAGAAGUUAUUAAAUCGAUGUCACGUGGAAAAUCUCCUGGCCAUGAUGACCUUAGUGUUGAACAUCUAAAAUGCGCUGGACCUCAUCUAGCUAGAGUACUGGCAAUGCUGUUUAGUUUGUGCAUAGGCCACUCGUAUUUGCCCGCAGACAUGAUGAAGACCGUGGUGGUUCCAGUGGUGAAGUGUAAAACUGGUGACAUAAGUGACAAAGGCAACUAUCGACCUAUCUCACUGGCAACCAUUAUAUCUAAGGUGCUUGAUGGUCUGCUUGGCACUCAACUUGAUAAGUAUAUUAAACUGCAUGACAAUCAAUUCGGUUUUAGGCCAGGAUUGUCUACUGAAGCUGCCAUUUUGAGUGUGAAGCAGACUGUGAAGUACUACACAGUUCGCAGUACGCCUGUAUAUGCCUGCUUCCUUGACCUGUCCAAAGCGUUUGACCUGGUUUCCUAUGACAUCCUAUGGCAAAAACUUGACAAGCUGUCUAUGUCACGUGACUUAGUGCAUAUUUUGAAAUAUUGGUACUUGAACCAGGUCAACGUGGUUCGGUGGGCCGGGGAAUACUCGGAUCCGUACAGGUUGGAGUGCGGGGUGAGGCAAGGUGGGUUGACCUCGCCGAAGCUCUUCAAUCUUUACGUGAACGCCCUGAUAGAGGAGCUCAGUAGUACGCAUGUUGGCUGCCAUAUAGACGGUGUCUGUCUUAAUAAUAUAAGUUAUGCGGACGACAUGGUGCUGCUGAGUGCUUCUGUCUGUGGAUUGUCGAAACUCAUUGCAAUAUGUGAAAGAUACGCUGAAAGCCAUGGUUUGAUAUACAACGCGAAGAAAAGUGAGUGUAUGGUCUUUCAUAGUAGAGGAAAAUGUCCAGAUAAUAUUCCAUCUAUAAAACUCAAUGGUGCGCCUUUAAAAAAGGUAGAACAAUUUAAAUACCUUGGACAUCUAGUGACCUCUGAUUUGAAGGAUGAUGCGGAUAUUGAAAGGGAACGCAGGGCACUGUCUGUGAGAGCAAAUAUGAUUGCCCGUAGGUUUGCUCGCUGCUCAGUGGAUGUUAAAAUCACUCUCUUUAGAGCUUUCUGUACGUCCCUAUACACGAGUAGUUUAUGGAUAAAUUACACUAAGAAGCAGUACAGUGCCUUGCGUGUCCAGUUCAAUAAUGCCUUCAGGGUGCUGUUGGGGCUGUCUCGGUUCUGUAGCGCGUCCGGGAUGUUUGCCGAAUUCGGCGUAGAUUGUUUUUACACAACGAUGCGAAAAAGGUGCGCAUCCCUGGUGCGCCGGACCUGGGGGAGCUCAAACAGUAUCCUGAGGCUAUUCUCUGAGCGUUUUGACUGUCAGUACAUGAAUCAUUGUUGCAUGAUUCAUGUGCUGCCUAAUUUAAAAUAACCAUGACAUUAUUGAAAUUAUUAUUGAAAUUAAUGUAAUUAUGUAAAUUGUAAUGUUGGAUAUAUUUUAUUGAUUUAUUUAAUUUUAAAUUUGAAUGUAAACUAACCUUAACUAAUAUGAUCCCAAUGUGAUUGAAAUAAAUAAUUAU